CAAGAAAAGGCACAUAACAGAGCAGUAUAUAAACGAUUAUACCUUCAUUUGAACUUCAACUCAAAUAUUCAAUCCUCCAUUGAAGAUGACAGAAGUGAAGCUCCAUGGAGCUUGGCCAAGUCCAUUCAGUUACAGAGUCAUUUGGGCUCUCGCACUCAAAUCCAUUCCAUACGAAUACAUAGAAGAAGAUCUCGUCAACAAAUCUCCUCUGCUUUUGCAAUACAAUCCCGUUCACAAGAAGAUUCCAGUCCUCGUCCAUGACGGAAAACCCAUCUGCGAAUCCUCCAUCAUCCUCCAAUAUAUCGACGAAACCUGGCCGGAUAAUCCCCUUUUGCCCUCCGAUCCUUUUCAGAGAGCUACCGCUCGGUUCUGGAUCAAAUUCAUAGAAGACAAGAGCUUGGAGAUUUGGGGAGUAUUUAUCGCGGAAGGGGAAGAAGAUAAGGAAAAGGCGAGAAAAGCGACCUUGGAAGUGUUGAAGACGGUGGAAGAACAGGCACUCGGCGACAAGAAAUUCUUCGGCGGCGAUGAAAUCAACAUGGUGGAUUUGGCGUACGGGUUCCUCGCACGGUGGCUGCCGGUGGUUGAAGAGGUGGUGGAUGUGAAAAUCCUUGAACCAAAUACGGUCCCUCGCCUCUAUGUUUGGGCGGAGAACUUCCGGCAAGCCGCCGUGAUCAGAGAUAAUCUUCCAAAUCACGACGAGAUGGUGCCGCGGCUCAAGUUCCGGAGGGAGCAGCUAUUGGAAAUUGCGAAGAAAUCAUGAGUCCGAUUCCAGAUUUGAUUUGAUUUGGGAAUUUAGGGCUUUUUUUCCUUUUGUUUUUGGGUGAAAGAGUUUGUUUAUCCAUUCCGGUUGCGUUUGUAUUUUGGUUAAGAAUAAGUAUUAGUGCGAGUAUUGUACUUUUCUUUGAGUUUGUACACUAAUAAAAUCUAAAAAAUAUUUAGGUGUUUUUAAUUUUGAAGAAAAUAAUUUCUUGGUCUCUCAA